AGUCCUCCGGUGGCGCGCUGCCGCCAUGACUCCCAGGGAGAAGCGGUGGAUCGCGCUUAUCUCUGUGGUGGUGAUUUCUCUCGCGAUCCUCUGUCUAGCUCUUUAUUUUAUUCCUACUUUUCUUUAUAUCGUGUUACUUCUUGCCAUUUCUUGUGUCGUUUUCUUUUAUCACACUAGCGAUUCGCCAUUCCACAGUAGGGAAGGCCAUCAUCAUCGGCCUAGUCUGAUCCUCCCGCCGCUUUUUAGACGCUGGUUGCCGGCGAAGACUGCUAACGGCGUGCCGUCGGGUGUGAGAGUCAGUGCAAGAGUCAAUAGGGGUCGUUUUGUUAAGGGAGAGCUUAGAGAUACAGUUGGAUUAGCCGGUGAAAAACGCACGAGCACCGGUCUUUUUAGAAAAGAGUCGGAACUCAGCGCCUCGUUGUUGUUUAGUCCACGGGACAUACUCAUGGGAAGUUACCUUGGUAAGCCAGACAGCCCCUCGGCCGUUGGAAGGCUCGGUGGCGCCGAGACCAAGGAGCUCCGAGAGCGGCUGUCCCGACCCAACCAUGCAGUCUAUACCCCCAACAGAAGACUGUCAUUCGGGGAGGCGGUGGCUCCAGCGGGGCGUUUCACCAUCACGCCCCAGCGGCACUACCCCCUGGCCCAGCCGGGGUGCUCCUCCGUGGGCAUGCUAGCCCCCGCCCAGUGGCACGGCUUCCGGAAGAAGAACAUCCUCACCCCCCGAAACAAUCCCAGCGUGCACAGCCCCGUUACGGUGAAGAUCGCCCGGCCGGACCACAGCUCAGCACGCUCCCCAUUUCUGAAUCACCUGACCUCCCCGCUGACCCCCCUGAGCCCGGGCCUGGGGUCAGGGGUCGGGGCCACUGCUGACCCCUGCGCCAGGGAGACGGUUCUGAGCGUGCUCAAAGAGAGCCGCAAGCGCGAGGUGGAUGAGGACGUGGACGGCAGCUUCAUGGGCGCCCAGAAGAGCAAGAGGAGACGCCAUGGCAGCAGCGAGAGUUCCCAAUCUGCCUUCGAACCCCUGACCAAUGGGACCCCAUCGCACCUGGUGCCCAAACCGAGCAGAAUGAAGCGAGGGAUGAACACGCUGGUGGUGGAGGAGUCCCAGAUGAAACGGUCCCGCACCUCGUCUGUGAGCUCCCUGGGGUGGGGGCUGACCCCCGGCGGGGUCCCCGGCUCCAUCCGAAACCCCAUCUACAGCUCCUACAGCUCCUCCAAGGGUGCAGCUCAGAAGCCAUCCACCCUGAGCCUGUCCCCCCUCUCCAGUCCUGGAUCGUCCCGCCCGCAGACCCCUGAGAGACCCCCCAAAAAGCCAAGGGAGGAGGUGGCUCAGUCCUCCAGUGCAGCACCUGCUGACAUUUCUGACGCAAGCUCCGCAGAGCAGACCAUCAGUGCAGGCAAGAACACCCCUACACCUGCAGCACCAGUGGUCACUUCCCCAUCAACCUCCGGGGGCAGUGAGGGAAAACGCAAGCGGAAGAUUCCACUGAUGCCCAGCCGGAGGGGGGAGAACAUCUCCCUGCCACCGGCCCCUGAGCUGGGUUACACCAUCACUGUGACAGACCUGGAUUUGGAGAAGAAGGCAGCCCUGGAGCGGAUAAAGAAGGCCCUGGAGGAUCCAGAGCCGCCUAAGCCCGCCCCUGCCCCAGCCAUGCCGACCUUCCCCGCAGCCCCCGCUGCCAGCCUGGCUCCCCCGACCUCUGGAGGCCUGCUACUGGGCUCCAUCACCACCGCCUCCCCCUCUAUUGCUCCCACCUCCACAGCGGCCUCCGGAGCGCCUGCCCCCGGGCCUUCCCUAGCGGCCGGAGCCAGUACCACACCGGCCUCCACCUCCUCCUCCACUGCCACUGCGGCUCCUGCUGCCCCCGCCUCCAGCCUACCCAACCCCCUCCUGGAGUCCCUGAGGAAGAUGAAGGACAGCCCUUCACCGUUAGGGCCUGCUGUUGGUGGGACGGCAUUGACGGGCCUUUCUGCCCCGACACCCUCACUGUUGAGUUCUGGAGGAGUGAAGCUGGAACCUAGCCUGACUCCGGCACCACCUAGCCUGAUCCCGACACAGCCUAGCCUGAACCUGACACAGCCUAGCCUGAUUCCCGCGCAGCCUAGCCUGACCUUGGUGCAGUCUAGCCUGACUCCAGCACAGUCCUCCGCAGCUGUGGCCCCUACCAUCCAGCUCCCGAGUUCAGUGUCAACUUCUGCCUUCACCCAGGUCUUGCCCCAGGUCGCACAGUCAUCUGCCUCUGUGCUGCCCACCACGUUCAGCCUGUCCAGUGUGGUGAAGGCCCCCUCCUCUUCCUCUUCAGCGACCACCGCCACAGAAACCACUAGCGUUACGGCUAAUCCUCGGCCCUCGGCUUUCGGGGCCGUUUUCGGGGCGGCGUCAGGAGCAGCGCCCCCUACCACCACCACCACUGCCGGCACGCCGGCUCUGCCCACCUUCACACCCAUUUUCGGGAGUGCGACAGGCAGCAGCAGCUCAUUCGGCCAGCCCCCGAACGCCACCCCGGCUGCUCCCGCUUCAUCCCAGAGUGGCUCCAUAUUCGGCCAGUCCACCGCGACCUCUGAACCCACCUUACAGACGCCCGCCAAGUCGCUGUUCGCGAGCUGGAACGCAGCCCCUGCCCCCUCUGUUUCUGCCCCCGCACCUGCCCCCACCCCCGCCUCCAACGGGAGCUCUUUCCAGUUUGGGGCCACGCCCGCCGCUACAACAGCACCCACCCUCAACCCCACCUCCACCACUGCUGCCCCGUCCCCCUUCCAGUUUGGUGGGGCUACAGCCACCACAGCGGCCCCCCCUCCCGCCGCCCAGGCGACGUUCAGCUUUGGCGCCCCCACCGGCCAGACCGCUGCCCCCGCCAGCACUUUCGGGGGAUUCGCCGCACCCGUUUCCACGGCGACAGGCCCCACCCCAGCCCCCACAAGCCAGCCGGCGUUCACCUUUGGGAAGCCCGCCUUCGACGGACCUGCGGCUUUCCCCUCCGCACCCCCACCGGCGGUGCCGGCCGCGGCCAAGCCCUUUGGUUUCGGGGCGAGCGGGACGGGGGCUGGGACUGGGGCCACACCCUUCAGCUUUGGGGGGGCCGCCACAACAUCUGCCCCCUCCUUCGGCACGCCCAGCCAGCCGGCCUUUGGCGCGGCCACGGCGGGUUUUGCGUUCGGCUCCAGCACCCAGAGCGCUGCCCCUCUCCCCGCCCCGGCCCCCACCUUCUCCUUCGGGGGGGCCCCGGCCUGCCAGCCCAGUGCCCCCGCACCCUCCCAGGCCCCCCCCCUGCAGCCUGCCUCGGGGGGCUUUAACUUCGGGGCAGCAGUGGCAGGCAGUGCGUUUGGCACCCCCGCCCCGGCCAACCCCCCUGGCCUCCCCCAGAACUUCGCCUUCGGGGGAGCCAACAACGCUACAGACAGCAAGCCAGCCUUCGGGACGUCCACCCCCGCUUUUGGCCAGAACACUGGAGCCCCCAUCCCCUUUGGAAGCCCCAGCUUCUCUCCCGCAGCAUUCGGGGCCUCCCCGACUCCCUCCUUCUCCAUCGGCUCCGGAUCCAAGCCCUCUGCGAGGCAGAGGCUGCAGGCCCGCAGACAGCACCCCAGGAAGAAGUAGCCGUGGCUGGGGGAGAGAGAGCCGCCUCCACCCCCUGUGGGCCUAGAGGCCAGGGAAAACCCUGGAGGAGGAGGGGCGGGGUGCGCUGAACUGCUGCUGAAGACUGCCCCCUUACCUGCCCCCGCCCCCGCCUCUGCCCCGCCCCGCCCCGCCUGGACGGAGAAGCCCCCCCCCACCCCUCCCCCGUCACCUCUGUGGGUCCCGUGCUGGCUCCAGACACUGGGGGACUGGGGGGGUUGGGUGUCGGGUGUUGGGGGCUUCAGGCUACAACAGUACAAGGUUACUUGAACAAAAUGAAAAAAAAAAAAAAAACUUCAAACCUGGACUCAAAACUUUGUACAAAUCUAACCUGCUCCCUGUCCUGUGCUGCCCUACACCCCUCUCCCCUCCUCCUUCAUCAAGUCCCCAAACCAUCGCAGUCGCCUUCAGCCAGCUGCAUUCCCCCACCUGGGCACACACUACUGCACACCUAGUGCUUACCACAGCUGUAUUGUACGUUUUGGGAGGGUUGGCGAGGGUGUUCAUCUCACUGGCAGUGUGGACAGGAGGGUAGUGUUGUGUAAACCGUGUUACUCUGGUCUGGUUUUCUGUGUAAUGCGGCUGAGUAUUCUGGGAGUGUUGUGGAGGAAACCGUCUGAGGCGGUUCUGUUGCCGUUCACUUCUUGGUAUUUCUUUGGCCGUGGUUUUUCUGCGGAGAAGAUCAGGAAUAGGAACAUUUAUAGAAGUAAGAAAAGCUUUUGCACUCGGUGUAUAAUUCAUGCAUCACUUACUGAAUGGGAAUGUUUAAGUUUUUACGUUUAUAAAUCUUUCGAUUGUUGUGUAAAUAAUGCAAGGUAUGUCACAAGCCUGAUUCUGGAGUGAUACUUUCAGCAGGUAAUUUCCAUUAAAACUCUUGUUUUCCAAAGAAUAGCAGACUCUGUGUGCUUACUUCGGAAAAAGUGUGUUUUAUUUUUCUGUUUUGGAAAGGUAGCCUUUGCGUGUUUUGACCUGUGUUCUCUGACGGUGAGCAGACGGCAUUUGGGUGGAGUGUUGUGAAGUGUUAGAUUAACAGUUUGUGGACAGUAUGAUAGCCGUAGUUAAGUGGUAGAGUUUUUAUUUGUAGAGAUUCAGACUGCAGGUAGCAGUGCACGGAUGAGGUACAGCUAUGGUAAGCCUCUAUUCCCCAGGUGCUGUUCCUGACUCCCUCUCCAGUGCCCUCUGCUGGGCACAGAUGCAAAACUGUCUCUUCAGAUGCUCUGCAGAUCCCUUUAUUGAGUCACGAUAACGUUCCCGAAAGCAGAGGCCAUUCUACACUCAUUUGGAACAGAUGAAAUGCGAAUACGCAGCCUAAAACUGAAACACCCUCUCCAAACUCUCCGUAGAGGCAGCAUGAUCCUGGACUAACCCCCCCCCAAACAUGCGUACACGCACACGCACACACGCGCGCACAAACCCCCCACCCACCCCUGUUCUCCGAUCCUAGUCUGCUGCUUUGCUCUUCUAGACUACCUCUUUCUGCCCCCCCCCCCCUCGCUGCUAAAGUGUGUGCUACCGCUAAUGGCUUCGCUGUCAUCCGCUCUGCUCGCCUCCCCAUAGACAUCUGCAAGCAUUUUAGCGUCUUCUGCUCAGUGCUGCCACCCUGUGGACAGCAAUGUGCACUGCACUGGACUGAACACCGUUUCCCCCAGACGGUAUGAGCGAAGGCCCCGUCAUAUGUACCCAUCUUCUGACUGUCACUCCGCUCCCCCUCCCUAAUCCAGUACUACUCUAUAAGGAAGUGGUGUUUGAUUUUUUGUUUGUUUUUCGUGUGCCUCAGAGAGUCUGGUUUGGAGGAACUGCUGGGCGAUUGGCGGCGCGUUGGUAGUGCCGGACGCGUGGAUCUCCUGCCGGGGCAGGGUCAGGGUCAGGGGUGGGGCUCUGCAAUUCUGGGCGGGGAUGAAUCCGACUUGAGAGUGAAUUUUUAAUUUGUGCUUUGGUUACGUUUCUUUUUUUUUUUUUUCUUUCUAUUUAAUGUUAAAACUUCUUAAAGAAUGUUUUUUGGAUGCAUGGUUAAAUUGUAUUCUGCAGCGAGUUAAAACAACUCAAGUCAGCCAUGAGCUGGAGUAUUGUUGGAGAGAUGACCGUUUGUAAGAUAAAAACAAAAUUUCUUUUUAGUGAGAAAUUUUAACUUUUUAUUUUUUUUCCCCUUUGCCGACAUGUAGUAGAGAAUGACUUAGUUGAUAUUUAGACACAGUGUUUUUGUAAAUACUCUUUAAACGAUGGUGAUAAGUGUUGUUGGUGUUGACGAUGUUUGUGGUUGAAAAUGUGCCCCAGCUUGUGUUUGAGAAGCUGGACGAGCAGCUGAUUGGAUCGUGUGAAUGAUGCGCAAGCGGAUGAUUGGCUAAAUGCAGGCAACAGAUAUUGAAAUUAUUUAAAUCAGCUGAUGAAUCACAGCUAUAUUUUUGUAUUAAAGCAGUUUGCUAUUUUCAAUUCCUUCAAGCCCGGCUCCCUGAGGCAAAUAUGUUUACAAAAAGAUAGCUUUGUUUUAUUGUUUUUGUUUUUUGUUUUAACUUUUCCAAAAUGAUUGUUCUCUUUUGGAAUUUUUCUUUACUUAGCUGCAGAAGGUGUAAUAAAGAAGGAAAACUGUCUGAUCUGA